UGAGACAGGAUAUUUCUAAUUUUAGAGAUAUUGCACAAAUGGAAGAAAGCAGUCUUACAUAUUUGUUCAAAAUGCGUAUUGAAUGACAUCAAAAAUGACUCCAAGAUUCCUAAAAGUGUUAUUCAGAGUAAGCAUCUGGCUUGAAACCACAUUUCUAGGAUUUUUAGAGUACAAUAACCUCAAUUUUAUCUCCAGGCUCUGGGGAGGCCUGUCCAUGACUGAGGGUGGUCUGUUGUAUGUUUUUCUAUCCAGGGAUGACAGCGUGUUUGGAAUCAUUGCCGUGCUGAAAAAGAAAGUAAUUACCAAUCCAUCCUAUUGCAUGGAGGAUCAACUUCUGAUUAUACUUUUUUGUGUUCAUAACUCUAUCAAUUUUGGAAAAAUCACCAACAGCACUGGUUGAAGUACAGCCCCAAACCAUGACAGAACCUCUGUCAAGAGAGGUUUAACCGCUCUUGAUCUCUUUACUUCUUGACACCAGUUUGAACUAAACAUGUUGUGGAUUUAUCACUUUAUAAGACCUGUUAUCAUUGAUUUUCAGUCCAGUUCUUUUGUAAUUUGGUAUACCUCAGUCUUUUUUCUCUCUUUUUCAUUUAUUAAGAAUGGCCUAUUGACCUGCAUGAGCCAACCCUCGUGGAGACUCAAAAGGGCAAAACUGCUAUGGGCCCCAUGUGGGCAACCCUACAUGUACCUCGUAUGGGUUUUCUGUGGGCAAAGUCACUGUGGGAUGCUCACAGAUUUCCCUCUAAGGUGCCCCAAAAAGCAAAAUUCCUAUGGGACAUGGCAACCAACCUAUAAGGGUACCAUAUGGGUUUUCUGUGGGCUUACCCAUAGAAAACCCAUAUAAGGGCCCCAAAGGGCAGAACUGCUGUGGACACGCUUACUGUGGGCCAACUUGUGUUUGGUGGCUACUCAGGAAAAACAGCUCAAAUGAUAGUGCCAGUUUGACUGUGCUUAAUGAGUACCACCAGGUGAGAGUCAGGUGACAGUGCUCUUUGGUCUUUAUCAUCAGCUACUGGCAACAUGCCACCAGUUGUGUCAAGGUUUCCUGCAGUUAUCUUCAUGGCACUAUAUCCACAUAGUGCCGGUGCCACACACAGAGAAUCUCUUUGUUUUAGAGCCAAGGUUUUUCCAAAGCGUUCAUGCUUCCGAUGGAGAAACUGAGAAAGUGAAUGCACGUAAACUGUGCCCAGAAAUGGAGACUCCAAAGAUGCCUCUUGGUACUGAGGUAGACAAAUUGUUAACCCUUGAUGCUGUGUUGAAAAAGAAGAAGAAAUUGUUCACAGAAAUGGAUGUACAAAGUUGUUCACUACUUUGCUGAAUUAAUUAUUUGACCAUGAUUUUCGGUGCUUAUCCAAGACUGCGGUGCUGGCCAGUCUUAAACGCUUAUACUUGGAUAAAAUAAUUUUAUUAAUUCAGCAUACACCUCCGUAAAAGUCCACAAGCAACACAGAUCUGUAGUGAGAGAACAGGUUAUUCACCAGGAAAUGAACAGCAGGCUAGUCAGAGCAUCCGUGUAAAUUACAUGCUCAUUGCAACAUCCUCACAUCGCUAGGCAACAAGAAUAAAAUCCCUCACCAGCUUCCACCUGGGAACAGUGUCUGCAGUGCACAGUUUGAGAAGAAAUGGCAAUAAAGAUUUCCAGUGACAACAGAAGCAUUUAAAAAAGAUUAUAUUUGGCCAGCCUAUUUAUUUUCACAGACAUUUUACAUUUUAUUGUUUAUUUUUGUUAAGAGGUAUCUUUGGAAAGUUGAAUUGUGCAUAGGGUGAUCUUUUUAUUCUGGGCAGUCUGAGUAGUUUCUGCACGGAGAUCAUAAAGAGACCAUAAUUUGCAUGUCAAACAUGAAAUUUCAAAGAAAAGAUAUUUUUGGUUUGAGACAGGUUUUCCAGAAAUAACAUCUCAGCGGACCGGUGCGAGACACAAAAGUGCUGUUUAUGAUUAAACAACAAGUGGUUUAGCUUCAGAAACGGGCAUCCAUCAGUCAUCAGUUCCCAGGGAUUGUUCUCAUAAGCACAAUCUCUGUUGUUGUGUAGAUGUUGUUUCUGUAGACUUUGCUGUCUUAUUUUCUAGGUUUUGCUGUGCAUGAAUGUGUGUGCACGUGUGUGUGUGCUCGGGUCUUUGUCUCUGCAUGUACCUGUCUAUGUGCAUCAGUAGCUCCCUGUCUCUAAUGGAGUCCUAGGGUUGUAGGCAGGCAGGGAGGAAGGGCAAGGAGAGGGAAAGUACAGCCUUGAGCAGACUUCCACUUUUAAAACCCAGCUCCGAACUGCUGCAGUUCAGCAGCUAGGCGGCCACCUCAUUAGAAUUUUUUACAUUCCUCUUCAGGCAGCAGCACACUGCUUCUUCUCCACUGCUCUUUCUAAGCCACAAUCUGUAAAAGAUGAUGGGAUUAUAUCUAAACUGUCUCAGUCAAAUAUGAGGCUCUAAACCAUUGUCUUCAUAAAUUAAAUGACUGUACAUAAUGUUAUAGCAUAGCAUAAUUCAAAUCAACUAUAAACCUAUUUAAGACAAUUUUCUUUGACAGAUUAUCAUCAGGUGUUAAACAGAAGAGGUAGUAAUUCUUCUUUAGUCUAGAUAAGUAGACCACCUAAGCACUUAGCUGUGCAAUUAGCUUUGGGUUUUUUGUUUUUUUAAAAAGUGUCACUGUAGGAGUUGGACAAAGGCUUUCAUUGUCAGAACUUGGGGCCCACCCAGAUAAUUGGAUAUAGGAAUGGGUUUACUGUUGCUAACUAUAAACUAUGUAAAGUGUUUCAAGUGUCUGUUUAUUCUGCUGUGUCUCCCACGUGAAACCCUGCUGAAGUGCUUUCUGUAUAAGAGGAGAGGAAGGAACGAGGACGCCCUGCUGGAGAUAAUGGCAAUGAAUGUGUUCUGGCUCUCCUCCAGAACUGUCGUCUCGUGUACGGCCGUGAGUGAAAUUCACUUUGCCAGCGGUUAGCGCUGCCCAUUACUCACUGAACUGUGCUGCAGUGAUAGCGAGGGGGGCCCAGCGUUAAGGCAGAGGAGCGUUAGCACAACGGCGCACUACAGGACAAUGGAUGUGAUGAAUGUCGAUACACUGCCACUGGGUUUUCAAGUCCUCCAACUACACAUCGGCCCAGUUCUCAGUGUGGCACUCCACUUCACCCAGAGCGGGUACAACCUAGACCAAAGCUUUCAGUCUAAGGAGCGGGUGUUUGGAGUGUGGAAAAUGCCGUGUGGCAGUCUCGACACAUGUAAGGAGGCAUAAAGCCGUCUUGAGCGCUGAUGAGGUGAAUUUGCCUCUUAAUCCAGACAAUCAAAUGGCUCAUGAGGUCAGAGAGCAGUGCCCCAUCCCAGAGGCAGCCAUGCUCACCUGCUGAGUGCCUUUUGCCUUUGGCACUUAUGUAAUGACCAGCCUGAAGCACCCACCCAUGGAGCGUACCGUUGGGGGUUCGGUCCCCGCCAGUGAUGAGUUUUACACCCGCCACCUGCGUAUGGCCAAUGGGGUUCCUGUUUCAAGCCGCACUGACAACAUCCACGCCACUGUGAGCACAGGAGUGCCUAAAAUGGGUGUACGGGCUCGUGUGGCCGACUGGCCCCCAAGGAAAGACGUUACGAUGCCUCUGUGGCAUUCAUCUACGGAGCCUGAGAACUCUGCUGUGCCCUCAGCUGGAAAAAGUCACAUAAAGUUAGGCUCUAUAAUGAGCCCUCAGGACUCAACAAUGCUGCGUAACAUCCACAACACUUUAAAGAAUCGAGCCCAGUCCCAGGCUAACAAUUACAGCCCUGACACCCGUUACCUCGCUCCAGGAGACUAUAGAGGUCCUGCACAUAGAAACCCACGGCAGAGACGCAUCCGCCAGCGCAGCAAUAGUGACAUGACUGUUGGUGAGAUGGAAGGCAGUGGAGACAGUGGGGAGGAGUGGGGUCCAUCAUCGGGAGCCAAAUUGUCCCCUCUUCACCGUGAAUAUGGCAGCACCUCCUCGAUAGAUCAACAUGGAGUAGCUGGAGACAGCUUCUUUGAAAUGCUUAAGGGCUAUCAAGGCGACAAAGUUGAUCAACGCAGCCCCGCUCCAGAGAAACUGGAGGACAUGCUGAAUAUUGCAUCCAAGCAAGGGAUUCUUGAUCUUCAGGAGGAUGUCACAGACGGUCAUCCUCCUAAGGCGAAGGACAGAGAUAAGCCCCCAAAGAGACGCACAAAGUCUGAAACAGGAGGCGAGUCUAUAUUCCGUAAACUUAGGAACGUGCGAGGUGAGUCCGACUCCCCCAAAGCGGGGUCUGAUGUGGAGGACAGCCGAACGGAUGACACGGGCCCUCCUCUCAAGCCCUGGGUGUGUCAGAAAGGGUUCGCUCACUACGAUGUUCAGAGCAUGCUUUUUGACCUCAAUGAAAUUAUUCAGUUGCGGCAGACUGCAGGCAAGAGGAAAAACACCACCACGGGAGCGUCUGCCGCUGCCGUGGCCUCUGCUACCUCUACUCUGUCAUCCACCCACAGCCUGCCUUAUAGCUCUCCUAGUGGAAGCCAGGAAGAUCUCAAUUCCAGGGACAGUCCUAGCCUGGAUGCUGGAGAUGAACAAAGCAACGAAAUGUUGCUAAGCUGCCCUUGCUUCCGCAAUGAGAUCGGUGCCGAUGGCAUUGCGAGGCGCAAGCUGGGGGCUAAUGGGCCAGGAUAUCAUGGGCUUGUGGGUGGCGGAGCUGGAAACUGUGGCUCAGGGACCCUGAGUGGGGAAAAUAACUUGUACGAAACAUCUGUGAGCACACACUUAACCAAUGCUGGAGUAGCAGUUCUUGAGGGACCAAAGGAGGGCCCGAGCACGCUCAGCGACAAGGGCAAACAAUACAUUGUGGAGCACGUGGACCUGGGAGCUUACUACUAUCGGAAGUUCUUCUACCUGAGGGAUCAUUGGAACUACUUUGGGCUAGAUGAGGCAUUGGGUCCAGUGGCAGUGAGCAUGCGCAGAGAGAAGCUGGAGGAGGACAAGGAGCAUGGCCAGCAGUAUAACUAUCGUGUCAUCUUCAGGACCAGCGAGCUGAUAACUCUUCGAGGUUCUAUACUAGAAGAUGCAGUGCCUUCCACCUCUAAGCAUGGCACCAGCCGAGGUCUGCCCAUUAAAGAUGUACUGGAGUAUCUUCUGCCUGAGCUGGAUCUCUCCUGCCUCAGACUGGCUCUCAACACACCCAAAGUCACUGAGCAGCUGAUGAAACUGGAUGAACAAGGGCUGAGUUUUCAGGUAAAAGUGGGAGUGAUGUACUGCCGAGCAGGGCAGAGCACAGAGGAGGAAAUGUACAACAACGAAGUAGCCGGUCCCGCCCUGGAAGAGUUCCUCCAGCUGCUGGGGGAGAAGGUUCGCCUCAGGGGCUUCACCAAGUACAGAGCCCAGCUGGACACAAAAACGGAUUCCACGGGCACUCACUCCCUGUACACUUCAUACAAGGAUUAUGAGAUCAUGUUCCAUGUGUCUACUCUGCUGCCUUACACGCCCAACAACAAACAGCAGUUGCUGAGAAAGCGGCACAUUGGGAACGACAUAGUGACCAUAGUGUUCCAGGAGCCCGGAGCUCACCCUUUCACUCCCAAGACUAUUCGCUCCCACUUUCAACAUGUCUUCAUCAUCGUACGAGUACACAACCCCUGCUCCGACAGCACAUGCUACAGUGUGGCUGUCACCCGUUCCCAGGACGUUCCCUCCUUUGGCCCACCAAUCCCGAAAGGCGUGACCUUUCCCAAGUCCUCCGUGUUCAGGGACUUCCUUUUGGCCAAAGUCAUCAACGCUGAGAACGCAGCUCAUAAGUCAAAUAAAUUUGGCGCCAUGGCAACACGGACACGGCAGGAGUAUCUGCGGGAUUUGGCAGAGCGACACGUGACCAGUACAUCAGUGGAACCCUCUGGGAAGUUCCCCUUCAUCUCUCUGGCACACAAACGGCGGGAGAAGGUGCGUCCGUACAGCGGGGCGGAGCUACGGAGCCUCGGGGCUAUAACCUGGCAGGUUCAUGCCGAAGAUCAAGUAGCCGGGGCUGAACGCGAGUGCCUGUUGGCCAUUUCAAACGACUUCAUCAUCCUGCUGGAUCAAGAGGCCAAAGCGGUCGUGUUUAACUGUGCCACACGCGAUGUGAUUGGCUGGUCAACCGGGAGCCCCGCCUCUAUGAAGAUCUACUAUGAGCGCGGUGAGAGCGUAUCGCUGCGCUCCAUUAAUAACAACACGGAGGACUUUGGAGAGGUUGUCAAAAGACUGGAGUUGUUGACCAAGGGAAGCCAAACCACAGAGAUGACCUUACGUCGUAACGCCCUGGGCCAGCUGGGCUUUCAUGUCAACUUCGAGGGGAUCGUAGCAGAGGUGGAGCCCUACGGCUAUGCCUGGCAGGCUGGGCUCAGGCAGGGCAGCCGCUUAGUGGAGAUUUGCAAGGUGUCCGUGGCCUCGCUGUCCCACGAGCAAAUGAUUGAUCUUCUUAGAACCUCUGUCACUGUAAAGGUGGUCAUCAUUCCUCCACAUGAAGACUCAACGCCACGCAGAGGCUGCUCAGAAAUCUACCACAUGCCACUUGUGGACUACAAGAACCACAAAGAGGGCAUGCCCUAUGAGUUAAAGUUUCCCUUUCGCUCCACAAACAACAACACCAAGUGGCCACGCACCUCAUCCAGCCCUCAAACGCGUGCUGCUGGCAUGGGAGGAACCCUCAUCAAGGCCCCGCCCACAGACUUAAGUAAUCCUGCUGCUAUUCCCCGCAGUGUGUCUAGCGAUGGUCGACCGCUCAACCCCAAAAGAUAUUCCCCAGGGAAUGACAACUAUGCCCUUGCCUGCUCCAUUGUGAUGGGACGCACACUGCACAACACAAACUCCCCUUCCAGUCUCUCCUACACAGACACCAUGGCCUCCACCCACUGGAGGCAAAAGUCUAUGCCUGACGGGUUUAAUAACAACUGCCAGUCCCCCGUUUCAUCUGUGCGCCAUGUGGCAGGUGAGGGCGUCAAUGGGAUCAAAGUAUCGUCGAGCUCAGGUGUUGGAUGGUCACGACCUGGGGAGGGUGAUCCCGCUAGCAGAUCAGGGGACAAACCCAGCUCAGACACCGUGGUUUCCAAGGUGGUGAUUCCUCGACUUCAGCCGUCAGAGCAGAGCAGCCACGUGUCUCCUAACAAGAGCACCAAGGCAGAUGCUCCCUAUUCAUCCAGCCAGUCAAGCAGCAACACACUGUCAAGCAACGCCUCCAGCUCCACCCACAGCGACGAGAAGUGGUACGAAGUCGGCUCCCGUUCCGGAGUGCGGAGUGAACUGGAUCUCAGUGGCUAUCUUCAGGGUACCUCCAGCGACAGCGGCAUUGACGCAACCUCCUUCACUGCCACGCAGAGCAGCACAGCUUCCUCCACUGGUGCCUUCAUGGCCAAAGACAAAAUCCCUUGGCAGGAUGAGCCACCAGACGGCCAGACGGCCGCUGACACUUCACCUCCAACUCCAGACUGUCUUGUCAUCUCUCAAGGCACCGAGAUCCCAGGGAAGAGCCCCUUAUCCUUGCCACUUGGUCCCGAUAGCGGCUCCUAUAGCCCAAGUGAUGGCGCCGCCCACUCCAGCUCAGCCUCUUCUGGUCCAUCAGGCUGCAGGCCCAUGUCCCCCCAGGAUGAGGCUGCUCCUGUGCCCACAUCACCCACAUCCUCAAACUCCCAGUCCCCAGGUUCCAAGAGCUUCUACCCUCGUCAAGGAGCCACCUCAAAGUAUCUCAUUGGCUGGAGGAAGCCUGGGGGAACUGUUAACUCGGUGGAUUUUGGCAGCACUCGCAAACGGCACCAGAGUGAUGGUUUGCUGGGUGGUCAACCCCAGCUCAGGGCCAAUCUCCGGGGCUCCCAGUCUCCCCAGCGGCACACUGCGAAGUCCAGCCUGGAGGAAGACUUAAAGAAGCUCAUCACACUUGACAGCCCUCCACCCACUACAAAUGAAGAGAAGCCGUUGUUUCCAGGCCCCCCACCCAGUCGACGUUCCCUUCAGAGAACCCUGUCUGAUGAGAGCAUUUACAGCGGGCAGAGGGAGCCGUCCUCUAGUGGACAGCGUGAAACGCCUACUGACCUUCUUUUCUCCUGUUCCACCAUGCCACGUUCACCCACCGCCCGCCACGGACCGAGUCGGCGAGCAUCGCACAAAUCCCUCGGAGACCUGUCAGCCCCAGACAGUUCAGAGCUGGACCAAGAGAGGAAGAAACAACAGCUGCAAGAGCCUGUCCUCAUGCCCCUGCCUGACACGGGGGCAGAUGGCCCGCUUGACUGGGCCCACCUGGUAGAUGCUGCCAAGGCCUUUGAGGAGCAGAGGUUGGUUUUCCUAGCAGCCCAGGAGGAGAACUCCAUGGCUGAGAGUGCAGCAGCAGCAGCAGCAGCCACCAGUCCCCAGCAGGCCGAGCCUCAGGCGGCUCCACUGAGACAGCCUUCGCCAGGAGAGACUCCAGCUUGUUUGAUGGGGAAAGUGAGCCAGCUAGAAUCCAUGGUGAAGGCACUACAGGAGGACCUAAAGAAGGAGAAGGAUGCCAAGGCAUCACUACAAGCUCAAAUUGAGGGCCUGCGAGAGGACAACCAGCGUCUCCUCGAGGAGUCCUACAGCGCCUCCGCCAAGCUGAAGAAGUUUACAGAGUGGGUCUUUAACACCAUCGACAUGAACUGAUGCACGCUGCUGCUGACCUGCUCUCCACUGGGAGAAUAACCACUACUCAAGCUGAUUUCAAACUCUUCAGUAAUGUUCGGUGCACAACAGAAUCACAUAAAAAAAACAAAACAGUGUCGCUCUUGUACUGUUACAAACUAGUGCCAACAUGGAUGUAAACAUCAUCCUUCCUCAGCCUCAUGGAUCUGUGUGAACAGUGACCACAAAAGACAAAGGAGAAUCCAGGGUGACAGACAAAAAAGAGCAGCGGCGUAUCUGUGUGUCAGUUUUCAUCGGCAUGCUCUCCCUUACUUAGGAGCUCAUAAAAUAUAAUGUUUUUGUUUCCCCCCCUUGAAUGGACUGUUGGUAUUCCUGCAUGUCAGAGAAAGCGAGAGCACGAUUUCAAAGCUAACCAAACCUAAAGGGAUUUAAAGUCACUGUUUAGCUCCCCAGCUGUAACCUAAUUUUAAGUGAACGGAUUUCCAAUUAAACAAAAAACUCUAACACAAAUUAAAAUUUCUUCAAGAGUUGCUGAAUAUAGUCCCUGAUCUUAAUCGACAGGUGUGCUGUAAAUGUGCUGCCGUUAAGACAUUCUCCAGUUUUCCUAGUUCACAGAUAACAACACUGAUCUGAUUAUUUUUGUAUUACUAACAAAGAGAAAAAAGGUGAAGUAAAUACUAUAAGAGAGGAUGGGAGUUGCAUUUUUGAUGGUUAGUGUUGGUAGGUAGGCACAGAUAGACAGACAGACCCUUUGCAUAGCACAUACUGUAAACACUGUAAGGUCGAGUGCCUGUCUGUAUCGCUUAUGUAAAAGACUGUGCAAGUGUAGCGAGGGUUAUUGCAAGUAAAACUUGUAUAGGACUACUGGUCACAUGAAAAGAUAUAAAAAUAUAUAUAUUACAAACACAAUAUGGGUGCCAUAAAGAUAGAAAUCGACAAUUCAGUGUCACUUAUUCAGAUUAUUGUAAAUAUGUGAUGUUCACAUUAUUUUUCUCAUGCCUUCCCUUGAUAUAAUAAUGUAAAGAGUAUUUAUGUCAAAGAUGAUGGCCAAGAAAAGCAAAACAGCCAUAUGCAGUUAGAUAUGUACAGUAUAUACAAGUAAUGGUUUCCUACGUGACAAGAUGUAUCCUUUGACUCAAACGUUUCCAGCAGGAGCCGGGUAACUUUUGAUCCAGAGUACAGUGCUAGAGAACAUAUUGAUAUUUUUAAUCCUGAAAACGUUUGCCUGCUGCAGUGGAUUGAUUUGAGAGCGCCACUUGGUGUUGACAAGAUGUAAAAUACUACUACAGUGAGCUCACAUCCUUUUCCUCCCAUAGCACGCUAAAAUGCCUCAAUCUGAUCCCUAAAACUUUGGAUGGAGUCAGUUGGUGCUGUUAUAUUAUUGCAGAUAAGAUGCUGUGUAAAUCCUGAAAUCCCAGCUACAGUUUUCUGUACUUCUGUAAAUCUGCGCGAAAGCCCACACAGAAUCUGAUCUGCAGAUGACCGAGCUCAGUCCUUAUUUAAGCCUCAUACUUUAACUAUUUCCUUUUGUACCCUGAUGCUGUGCAACUGUAUAUAAGGAGAGUUUAAUAUUCAUCAAAAUCGCACCUUCGUUCUUAUUUUUUACAGUUAUUUUUGAUGUCUUUCUGCUUUACUUGCUAGUGCAGAGUGGAACCACAAGCCGGACUCAGACAAAAUGAGUCGUAGGCCCAUACGGUAGCAGAUUGCCCCUAUGCCUUCAUUCUUAACAUGUGUGUCAGCAUGUGAUUCUGUUUCCAUUGAGCUGUGAUGUGUAAAAACAAACACACAAAAAAAGUUUAUAUCUAUUAAAGAUAUUUUGUUCAAUUACA